AUGUGUGACAGGAUAUUCGUUAUUUUUCUAGUGUUAUUUUCGUAUAUUAGCCCAUGUUUAAUGGCCAAUGGACGCAAAUAUGAUGUGGAAACUGAAGCAUUCAAGUUAUAUGGUGAAGAUUUUAGAACUGUACUGAGGAGAUUUAGGAAGACACCCGAUUAUUUGAAGAUCCUGAAUGAUAAGAUGAGAGACCUUCGCACAUACGUGUCAGAGAUGAGUCUCCAGGUGCUACACUACUUUCAUACCAAGAUGGCACAGAGGGUCAAUGACAUCAUAGGUGUGGCCCGUGUCGACGAUGGCUCAUCAACAUCAUCCAGUCCUAUGCUUUACUAUCACGCUUACGGCAACAGGAGACAGCAGGAUGAUAUGAAUCAAGAAGAGUAUAGUAGGAUAGGAAUUAAAGUUUUAGAUUCAUAUAAAAUGUUCGGUCAUCCACUGACAGUCCAAGAGAGGAAUAGUUUCAAAGACCUUGGAUUUGAAUUCGCAGGAAACAUAAUUCAUUCUAUAAUUUUCAACAUGGGUCCCGUAGACACACCUCCGAAGUCCACUCGACAGCCUUUCGGCGGAGACUUAGAUAAAGUCGUACCCACUAUUAAUGAGCAUCAUACACACGAGGUGACCACUGAGGCCUCUUCAAAUGUUGCAAGGGCCUUUACAGAAGAGACGACCACUGAAACUUUCAGAUUCAGGGUUAAGGAAAAGAAAGUAAAAGAAAGCGUAACUGCAUCAACUGACAGCACUUAA